UACUGCAGGUUCAUAUCAUAUGACUUCAAAAAUCGACCGAUAUAAAUGCUUAGAACGUUUUACUGAUGAUGAUCCACCAUGUAGAUGUACAGCAUGUGAUGAAAAUUGGUCAACUAUUCAUUCUCUUCCAUCAUACAAGAGUAUGACAUUGGCAAUACCGACGAAAAUCCAAAGAGAAUUCGAUUGUAUGAUGCUAAAAUUCAAAGAGUGGCCAAAGAUCAUUAGGGAAGGAAAUACCAAACAAUUAUUAACAAUUAAGGAUGAUUUUAAUAGGAUGAAUGAUAAGUUUUAUCAGUACAUCACUGUUCCUUGCGAAGAAAUAUCAUUUUUGCAUGUAUCACUCAACAUGAUGUACAGUCGACUAGAUACUGUUAAGAAUACGUACCAGUAAUUAUUAUUCAACAAAAGAAAACGACACUACUUAAUUCAUAUACUUUUUACAAUAAUGAUUAUUUUUUUUA